GUGCUUUCUCUCUCAUCUGUUGCAGGCCGCUCUCUUUUCGCUCUGACUGGCAUUUCCGACAUGCCUGCUUGUUAGCAUCUUCUCCUUCAUCCCCCACCGCAUUCAAGUUGGCUUCCCUUCGAUUCCGGGCGACUUCCGCCAUCUUCUUUCGCGGGAUCGCAUUCCCUCCCAUACGCCUUCCUCCAGUUCUUGCCUCAUCAUCGAUCGCUCGACAUUUGCGUGGUUAUCGUGCAGAGGCAAGAUCAGCGGAUCUUUUCCAAGAACACGAACGGGCUUCACUAUCCGACCCCGACACUCGUCUGGUGCCGUCCCCCCAAAUCUGGGCGAACCCCCAUCCGAGGCACCUUAUCUACAAUCCCAAGAGCCUAAAGCUCUCGGGAUACACCACUCCACCACCCCUGCCGAGCGGUAGCUCUCCAAUGAAGUUCUACUAUGAAGUUGUGACCACGCCGACGGCGGAUACCCCGGGCACAACGGUCCUGCUUCACUUCCCGAACAAGCGCUAUUUCUUCGGCCAUGUUUCCGAAGGCACCCAGCGGGCAUGUUCGGAGCGGGGUCUGAAGGUGACCGCUCUGUCCGACAUCUUCAUAACGGGUCAGGUAGUGUGGAAGAACACUGGGGGCUUGAUCGGCGUCAUCCUCACGUUGGCUGAUAGCCUGGCCAGCUCAGCCAAUGCCGUCGAAACCUCUGUCCGUGAGAAAAACGAACGUCGCCAAGAGCUCGAACAGGGGCCGAAUAAUUCAAAGGGCGUGGAGGAUGAGGCCGCGGAUGGACAGAUAGCCCCGCAACGAGGUGAUUUAACCAUCCACGGAGGCAGGAAUCUCGCACAUACCUUGGCUACUGCGCGGAGGUUUGUCUUCCGAAAGGGGAUGCCGCUUUCCACCAGGGAAUACGAUACAGAGAGCAUGUCCAAGCCGGGUCACGCUGAAGGGGGGGACCCUUUUGAGGAGCCCACAUGGAUGGACAGCAAUAUCAAGGUGUGGGCCAUGCCUAUCAGACCAUCCCCGGCACCGUGCUCUCGGGAAAUCCGCUCGAGAAGUCCAAGAAAGAGAAGCCUCGACGAGUUUGAGGAGCGCGAAGAUUCAUCGGAGGCUGUUGAUGCGCGAACCCAGGAUCAAAUUAUCAGGCAAGGUAUAAUCGGUGAUAUGUUCAACUCGUCGUGGAAAAUGGAUUCUCUGCAUGAACAAGACCUGGCGGACGUUAAGAUGCCGGCGACUAUGUUCGUUCGUAAUCCGGUGACGAAAGACCUUGAGCAGUAUAAGGGACCUGCUCCCGGCAGCAGUGAACCGCUUCCUAAUAUCAAGGUUUUGGUUCGCCAGCCAUGGCCAGGCGCAGCCGUUGACAAGAUUCCUCCUACGACUUGGUGCCAUGAAUCCUUGUCUUAUAUCGUCCGAAACCACACUAUUCGGGGCAAGUUCGACCCCAAAAAGGCCCAGGCGCUGAAGGUUCGGAGGGGACCAGACUAUGCGAAGCUGACCAAGGGAGAGAGUGUGACCUCAGAAGAUGGUAACACCAUUACCCCUGACAUGGUUCUGGGUCCUUCGCGAGAAGGGAAAGGCAUGGCAUUCAUCGAUUUGCCUACGCGGGCAUACGUGGAUGAUCUCGUUGAUCGUCCUGAGUGGUCUUCUCCAUCGGUGACUUCGAAUUUAGAGACCAUCCUGUGGAUCUUGGGUCCGGGAGUGGGUGACCACCCACGGCUUCACGAGUUUGUGGCGAAGAUGCCUCACUGCGAACACACCGUUUCCAGUCCGGAUUAUUGCGCAAACUACUUGGCUCUGAAGAGUGUCGCUGAAACGACUGUCCGGAUGGGUAUCUUAAAGCCCGACAGCUACCACGUUCCCGUCCAUGACAAUGUGACUGUUCCACAACCGGGCAGUGCAGCAUCAGGAACAGCGAGGGACAUGUCCAAAGCCGUUUCCCUACAGCCUGUGGAACCCGGCCUCGUCAUUGAAAUGGAGCCCAAGUUCGUACUUAACCGUUCCGAGGUACAACCGCCGUACGAUACCAAAACUGUGUCAUCAAUGAUGCCUGUGGCCGUGCAGCAGCGGAUGGAUGCCAUUACUACACGCAUGGGGAGACCGGAGUUUGCACAGAAGCUGCGGGAGUUCCGAAGUGGCCUCCCCGGGGCCAACGCGGAGAUCAUUGCGCUGGGAACGGGCUCAAGUGCCCCAUCGAAAUACCGCAACGUCUCCGCUACUCUUCUCAGUGUACCUGGACAUGGCUACUAUCUGCUCGACUGUGGCGAGAACACUCUCGGCCAGCUUAAGCGUGUCUUUACGCCCGAGAAGCUGCGCGAGGUCUUGCAGAACUUACGGCUCAUCUGGAUCAGCCAUCUUCACGCAGACCAUCAUCUUGGCCUUGCUUCCGUUAUCAGGGCAUGGUUUGAGGAGAACUACCCCGAUGGGAGCUCGGAGCCAACCGAGGUAGAGAUGGACAUGUCUAAGAUAUUACAGGAAAAGCGCCUGUUCGUUGUAUCCGAAGAUAUGAUGAUCGGUUGGCUUGAGGAGUAUGCAGGCGUCGAGAACUACGGUUUUGGAAAGGUGGUGCCCUUGACUGCCUCUCCUUUCGUCAAGAACAACACCAUAAAAACCGAAUUUAUCUACCGCCACUGUCGCAGCGAUGGCUUAUAUCCCGGGCACAAGUCUGCGCACUCCAGGCCCGACAUCACCUCUCUCUCCUUCACCGAUGCCAAGUCCAGGCUCACACCUCUUCUCCACCAAGCCACAGGCCUCUCCAAUAUUCUCACUUCCCGCGUAAAUCACUGCCGCGGAGCCAUGGCCGUUUCGCUCGUCUUCGACGAUGGCUUCAAGGUCUCCUUCUCUGGCGACUGCCGACCCUCCGCGGGCUUCGUGUCAAUCGGCCAAGACUCCACCGUUCUCAUCCACGAAGCCACCUUCCAGGACGAUAUGGCCGGAUCCGCCAUCGCCAAGAAACACUCCACUGUCUCCGAAGCCCUUGAAGUCGGCCGUCUCAUGAAGGCCCGCUCCAUCGUCCUCACCCACUUCAGCCAACGGUACCAGAAAGUCUCCAAAACCGAAGACGCCUCCGCCAGGCACAACCACGACGACGCAGAGCCGGAGUCUCUAGAGGAGGAGCCCCGACCCCGCGGCCCUAACAACCUGUUCGGCAACAUUACAGUCACCCGGAAGCCCCGGCUGAACGUUCCCAUUGUCGGCUCGUUCGACUACAUGCGCAUCCGCGUCGGCGACAUGCCCAUCUCCCAGGCGCUCUCCCCGGCUGUGGAAAAGCUGUUCGAUCUCCUGGAGCGCGUGAACUUUGCAGCGAGCGUCAAGCGCAAGGAAGCCCACAAACUCCGCGAAAAGGAGACCAGGGACGCCAAGAAGGCCCAGAAUAGUGCCGCCCGGGCUUCUGCCUCGGCCUCUGCUGCUGCUGCUGAUGCUGCUGAGAUGGACGUCACCGAGCCGACCGAGUCCGUGUCCGAGCCCGCCCACUCCAUCUGGAGUGCCAGCGAGAGCGAAAGCGGCUGGGACACCGGCAGCGAACACGGAGGCGAGCGCUUCAGACGGAGGAAGAUGGAUAAUUACUCUCCUUGGCUCCAGCGCGAUCCCAGUCGCAAACUCGCUCUCAGUCGCAGCCGCAGUCGCAGUGCCAAUCGCAAUGGCAGUGCCAGCCGCAGUCGCAGCGCCAGUCGACGGGGUUAG